AAACUAUAUACUUUAGGGGCUUUCUGAGGUCACAAGAUACAUAAGACAAGGAAACUUUUAUCUUUAUUUUGGCCCCCAAAAAUUCAGACUAUGAAAAUGCACGUCCACACAUGUACAAUUAACAUGUGAGGCCGGACUCUGACAGGUAGAAGAACAGGUUGAGCCGUUAAGAGGGACCCAGCCGGCAAGCAAGGGAAUACAGAGAAAUCGACCUUUGUCGAUCUAUUGCUGCGACUCUGAAAUUUGAGGCAAAUUCUUCGCGUCUUCUUCCCCAGCAGCAAAGUCUGGAGAAAAUGGUGGAGAACGGCGUUCAGCAACACCUGUUACACGAUGACGACCCUCCUAACGUCCCGCCAAAGAUACCGCCGGGGAGGGCGAGGAGGUUCCGGCGCUGCCAGACGGCGCCGUCGCACAACGUCGAGCAGGGGUCUGCUCUCCGGAGCCGGCAGGGCGCCAGCGCCGCCUCGCCGUUGGUGCCGCCGAAGGGGCUGCUCACCGGUGGUAUGCGCCCGAGGUUCUGGCUCGUCGGCGUCCUCCUGCUCGCGUACCUCCUCGCGGGGACCGCCGCCUUCUACCUCGUCAUGGACCACAUGUCCGGCGACCGCAGCGGCAACCGCGCGCUGGACGCGCUCUACUUCUGCGUGGUCACCAUGACGACCGUCGGGUACGGCGACCUCGUCCCGUCCAGCGACGCCGCCAAGCUGCUCGCCUGCGCCUUCGCCUUCGCCGGCGUCGCCCUCGUCGGCGCCUUCCUCAGCAAGGCCGCCGACUACCUCGUCGAGAAGCAGGAGGCGCUCGUCUUCCGCACGUUCCACCUCCACCACGCCGACGACUACAAGUCCAUGCGCGACAUGGAGGCCAACAAGGUCCUCUACAAGCUCUACACCUCCGCCGCGCUCCUUGCCGUGAUCCUCGCGUCCGGCAUGGCGUUCCUGGUGAAGGUGGAAGGGAUGCGCCCCGUGGACGCCUUCUACUGCGUGUGCGCGACGGUGACCACGCUCGGGUACGGCGACCGGAGCUUCACGUCGGCGGCCGGGCGCGCGUUCGCGGCAGCCUGGAUCACGGUGAGCACGCUGGUGGUGGCGCUCUUCUUCCUGUACGCGGCGGAGCUGGCCGCGGAGCGGCGGCAGAAGGCGCUGGCGCAGUGGGUGCUCACGCGGCGGACCACCAGCAUGGACCUCGAGGCGGCGGACCUCAACGGCGACCAUAGGGUCAGCGCCGCGGAGUUCGCGUUGUACAAGCUCAAGGAGCUCGGGAAGAUCAGCCAGGAAGGCAUCUCUGAGUUCCUGGAGGAGUUCGACAUGCUCGAUGCCGACCACUCCGGCACCCUAUCGUGCCACGAUCUGGCCGUUGCCCAACCCGGCUAGCCGGGCAAUCAUCGGCCGGUGGCAAGGCAAUGUGCGUGCCACACACACACACACACACACACACACACACACACACAGAGCGCGCGCAGAAUUCUGUGGACAGGCGAGUCUUUCCGCAGGAUAAGCUCUGCCUCCAAACACUAUCAUCCAGAAAUACUCGGGAACUAAAUUGACUUCUGAGUUAAACAAUCUAGGAGAUGAAGCGGUACAUCGCCCCACGCGCGGCUUCCAACAUGUAGAUGUAUUGUAGGAUAGCGAACAUUAAGUUUUGUUCCAUAUGGCUACUCAAAAACAGAGUAUAUGCUAGCCAUAAACAGAGUAAAUGCAUGGCAUGUCCUCAAA